AAGCACCGGCUGAAACUUGUCCGAUUGUCAGCUGAUGUUGUUAAGCCUAAUGUCCCCACCUCCCUCCAAAACCCCUCUAUUUAUUCCCAUCAAAAGUUCUCUUCAUUUCCUCACAGCUCCUUUCCAAACUCAUCAUCAUCAUUAUCAUCAUCAUCUUCUUUGAAAUUCAAAAUGGCACUUAUAGGGAUUGUAUUAGCAGCCUUCAUCUCCAUGGUGUGGUGUGUUGAUGGGUAUUAUUUGGGUUGGACUAAUGCUCAUGCCACCUUCUAUGGAGGAGGUGAUGCUUCCGGCACAAUGGGGGGGGCUUGUGGGUAUGGGAACUUGUACAGCCAAGGGUAUGGAACAAACACAGCAGCAUUGAGCACAGCAAUGUUCAACAAUGGCUUGAGCUGUGGAGCUUGUUAUCAGAUUAGGUGUGUGAAUGAUCCACAGUGGUGCCUGCCCGGCACCAUUACGGUCACUGCCACCAACUUCUGCCCGCCGGGCGGUUGGUGUGACCCUCCCAACCUCCACUUUGAUCUCUCUCAGCCUGUUUUCCUUCACAUUGCUCAAUACCGAGCUGGAAUUGUCCCUGUGGCUUUCAGAAGGGUACCCUGCAGGAGAAGGGGAGGAAUCAGGUUCACCAUCAAUGGCCACUCCUACUUCAACCUUGUACUUAUUACCAAUGUCGGUGGUGCUGGAGAUGUGCAUGCUGUGUACAUCAAGGGCUCAAGAACUGGCUGGCAAGCCAUGUCAAGAAACUGGGGCCAGAACUGGCAGAGCAACUCUUACCUCAACGGCCAAAGCCUCUCUUUUAAGGUAGUAACAAGCGAUGGCCGAUAUGUUGUCUCCUAUAACGUUGCCUCUCCCAGCUGGUCCUUCGGCCAGACAUUUUCCGGACGCCAGUUUCGCUAGACAUUCCCCGUGUGUGUGUGUGUGUGGAUAAGAGCUAUAGGGUAGUUAUUAUGUUUAUGACCUUACAAUGGCCACUUUUCAUGUGUGAUAGAGAGAGAGAGAGAGAGAGAGACAGAAGUUCUACGUUUCAAAAGAUCUUCUGUCUUUAAAUUUUUCUACGAAAGUCCCAAAAUAUUUACAAUCGUGUGAGAAUCUUGAGGAAUGAGAAUUUCGAAACGUAAUUCGGUUGUGAGUGUUUAGAACAAGGGGAACUGAGGAAUUUGGAAUGAGGAAUCAUGUGCCCAAAUAAAGAUAGUUUUGGAGGUGGUGAAAAUUUACUACACUGCCACUACAUUAAAUUUAUUAUAUGUCGUUGAGAAGCUCCAUUAGUAAGCCAUUUUACUUUCUAAUAUGAGGUAAGUGUAAAUUGUAAUCAGCUUAAGCUGAAUAUACAUAUAUAUAGUCCCUGUUGGUUUAAGCUAUUGUGAGAAUUUGAAUUAUAAAUCUCCAGCUUGUCUGGUCAUAUGUAUUUUGUAAUAAAUGGAACAACAUUUCUCCAUGUGCCAAUGCACUUUUGCGUUCCACUUUUUUGAGUUAA